AUGGCCGUGAGCAGGCGCUGCCCUCGCCCCGGGGCGCUCCGCACAGAUGAUGAGUACCAAUGGAAGGGGCCCUUCUACUUUAUCCAAGGAGCAGAUCCUCAGUUUGGACUUACGAAAGCUUGGGCAGUUGGAGACACUAACAAUGGUGAUGAUGAAUGGGGAGAAGAAAUCAAACUAGCAGAGCAAGCAGUGCAGGCCAUUAACAAACUAAACCCUAAACCCAAGUUCUUUGUGCUGUGUGGAGACCUUAUUCAUGGAAUGCCAGGAACUAAAUGGAGAAAGGACCAGGAGCAAGAUUUAAAGAAUGUUCUGAAGAACACUGACCAGGACAUCCCAUUGGUAUUUGUCAGUGGAAAUCACGAUAUUGGCAACACUCCAACCAGAGAGACGAUAGAGAAUUAUUGCAAGAACUGGGGGGAUGACUACUUCAGCUUCUGGGUUGGAGGCGUUUUCUUCCUUGUGCUGAAUUCUCAGUUAUACUUUGAUUCUUCCAAAUGCCCGGAGUUAAAGCAAGCCCAGGAUGUGUGGCUCAAUGAGCAACUGGCUGUUGCUGAAAAAUAUAAAUGCAAGCAUAUAAUAGUAUUUCAGCACAUCCCUCUGUUUCUGAGGAAACCUGAUGAAGACCAUGAUUAUUUCAACUUCGAUAAAUCAGUUCGUCAAGAGAUAAUGGACAAAUUUCAUAAAGCAGGCAUUAAAGCUGUAUUUUCUGGACAUUACCAUAGGAAUGCUGGAGGGUCCUACAAAGGCCUGCAAAUGGUGGUUUCAUCAGCAAUAGGAUGUCAGCUGGGAGAAGAUACCCACGGACUUCGAGUGGUUGUUGUCACAGAUGAAAAGAUUGUUCAUAAAUACUACAGUUUAAAUGAACUGGGCAGCAAAGGCAUAGAGAGAGAACUGCUAGAUAUGCUUGCAAACCAAAAGUAGACUAUGCCAAAUUAUGUGUUUUUUCCUCCAUGUUAGACAAAUAGGA